CCUGAGCAAAAAUCUUUCAAGAUCAUCUCGUUACGGUUACUGGGCUUGGGAGACGCAACUCUGGAUUGGAGGCCAGGCGUGCUGGGGUCAGGGAUCAGUGCAUCUCUCCAGAGUGCAGACUGCCAUUGGAGUCUUGGGCAUUCACCUCAGACUUGGUCACAAAUAUCUUUGGACCUCGCUUGACUCUCUAUUCCGUACCUAUGUGAUGGAAAAGCUUCCCAGAACAAGCCCGGAUAUUGUCCGAUUUCACAAUAUCCGCGGGUUACAUAGCGGGAGGCCUUUGAACUCUGGAUUACAUGGAUCUCCAAGGGUGACACUACCGCGCCAAUCGUCAAGCUCUCGAGAACCUCUUCUAGGAGGUACUUUCGAGCACGCCGUUAGUGGAAUCUCAGAGGCCGAUAAACAGGCGAUUCAAGUUGCAGGAUUGGCUGAUUGCUUUUCCCGUCACGGUUUUGGCUGGGAGGAUGGAGAUGGGUGGCUGCCAGGAAGAGAAGCGCAUUAUUCUCGGGAAUCUCUCGGGGCCUGCGCCAAAAUCUCGCUCGGGCCUGUUGGAUCGUGGGCGACAGGUGACAACAGGCUGGAAAUAUUUGGCAGGUUGUUCCGGAGUGCCAGACAGCUAUGCACAGACCACCCGUUAGAAGUGACCCAUGACAACUCAUAGUAAUCAUGCCCCGGUUACUGGCGCUGCUCGGACAACUUACACGUCCGACUCCGAGUUUACCCACCAGCUAGACCCAGAUCUCAGGGUCUUGGCCUCAGCGCAAGCGUCGCAAUUGGUACACCCAAUACAUUUGUCGGGCCGUGGCGUUUCGGAGCUGAAAGCGCGGGCCCUCGAUGAUGACUCUUUUGGCCGUUGGACGAGAUGGUGUGACAGGGAUUUCGCUCUUUCUCGGGCAAACGCAUGUGUGCCUAGAGUUUUAUCCCGUCGAGCUGCUGGGCGUAAAAGCCUUCCGUGUUUCGUCAUGUUAUUUUGCAUAUAAAGUCGCCUGUUCGCUGUAGAAGUCGCGAGACCGUUUGUCACUGAGGCUCG